AUGUUGUAUUAUUUGCUAUUUAUUUUACAGUUAGUCUCGGCUGUAGUUCCAAAUGUAGGGAGAAUUUCAUCUCAAGUAGCACCAAAUCCUCAUUAUUCAUUACCUAAUCUAUUAACCAUUGAUUCGAAAACUGAUAUAAAUAAUUGGGAAAUAUCAGAAAAUAUUCAAUUUGAUAACGGUAGAUUAUUACUUGGUCAAUCAGGCUCCAUAUGGAAUAAAUACAAGAUUCCAACUUCAAACAAACAAUGGACAAUUGAAUUGGUAUUUAGAUCAACAGGUUUAGAUGCUGAUAAGGUUUAUUUGGAAAAUGGUUUAACUGUAUGGUUAGUCAAUGACAAUGAAGGUAACAAUAUCCCAACCAAUGUUUUUGAUGGGUUCAAAAUUGAAAUGAAUAAUAAAGAACAACCAGGUUUGAAACUUUAUAAUAAUGAUGGAUCACAAGAAAUUAGCACUGAUUUAAACCAUGCCUUGGGUCAAUGUAAAUUUCAAUAUUUGGAAUCAAAUGUCCCAUUCACUUUAAGACUUUCAUAUGAUGAAAAUAAAUGGUUUAAAAUUCAAGUCGAUAAUAAUUUAUGUUUCAAAACUGAUCAAGUUAAGAUCCCAUUUAAUGAUAUUUUAUUUGGUAUUACUAGUGAUGUUUCCCCACAAUCACAAGAACAAUAUGAAAUAUUGGGUUUAAAAACAUGGGAAAAAUUAACUGAAGAUGCCACUGAUGACCAUGGUUUAAUGAUUGGAGAUGAAAUUAAAAUUGAUGUCAAGAAUCAAGUUAAAGAUGAUGAUGAUAAUAAUAAUAAUAAUAAUAAUAAUGAAGUUAAACCUGGCCAUAUUCGUGAAUCUUUAAUGGAAAGAGCACAAAGAGUUAGACAAGAAAUGUUGAAAAAACAACAAGAAGAAGAUGCUCAACUACAAAAUCAAGAAUUUUCACAACAAGGUGGUAAUGGUGCAUCAUUUGACUUGAUUAUUUCCAAAUUAAAUCAAUUGGAAAUCAGUGUAAAUACUUUAAAUAAUCUUGAAGAAGAUGCAGAAAUUAUUGCUAUUAACAAUAAGAUCAAAGAAUUGAAUAAUGCUCAAGAAGUUUUAAAAUCCACUGUUGAUGAUACUAAAAAAGCAGUUCAAGAUUUGGAACAAACUUUAGUUAGACAAUAUUCACAAAUGUUGGAUGCUAUUGGUCAAUUAAAUCAAAAAGUCAUUGGUGAAGUAAGAGAACAACAUUCAGGAAUGGAAGAAUUGAGUAAAAAAGUUGAUUUAUUAAUGAAUAAUCAUAAAGAAAUCUCAUAUCAAUAUCAAAAUGCUAAAGAAUCAGAUUCUCCUAAUGGCGUAGGUACUACUGUUGAUGUAUUAAUGAAAUGGGUAUUGUUCCCAUUAAUGCUUAUAUUAUUAGUAUUGGUUGUAUUUGUCUAUCGUCUUAGACACGAUAUCAAACAUUCAAAAUUAUUGUAA